AAAUAUGUAGUUGAGUUUUUUCCUGUGUAGCCUCCUCGACCGAUACCGGCAUGGAUUGGCGAUCUAUCGGCUACAAAAUUCAGUUCCGUGUGUAUUCAAUACGAUCAAAUGCCAGAAAUGCCUCCGGAGAAGGUUGUGGGUGCCGAAGAUUGUUUAUACUUAAACAUUUACGUGCCUGCACGCGAAAAGGGGGGAAAUAAAACUCCAAUGCCGGUAAUAUUUUGGAUCCAUGGCGGUGCAUUCCAAUGUGGUAGCGGGAUAUUAUAUGGACCUAAAUAUUUAAUGGAUCACGACGUUAUACUUGUCACAAUUAACUAUCGGUUGGGACCAAUGGGUUUCCUUAGCACAGAAGAUGAAGUAGUUCCUGGCAACAUGGGUCUGAAGGAUCAAAAUAUGGCACUUCGCUGGGUGUCGCAGAACAUCGAAUGGUUCGGUGGCGACCCAAAGAAAGUGACCUUGGUCGGUUUGAGUGCCGGCGGUGCUAGCGUGCAUUAUCAUUAUUUAUCGCAAAUGAGCGCGGGUCUUUUCCGAGGCGGUAUAUCGUUCAGCGGUACAGCGUUUGAUUGUUGGACGCAAACGGACAACGCCUUAGAGAAGGCCAAGAAAUUGGGCGCUUUGAUGGGAUGCCCUACAAUCAGCUCCAGAGAAAUGAUACGUUGCUUGAGAUAUCGACCAGCUCGCGCGAUCGUCCAAGCUACAAGUGAAUUUAUGCCAUUCUUCUACAAUCCCUUCACUCCUUUCGGGCCAGUGGCCGAGAGAUUUGGCGAUGAAACACCCUUCAUCGACAGGACGCCUAUUGAAAUCAUCAAUAGCGGAGACGUACAGGACUUACCCUGGGUUACGGGAGUGACGAGCGAGGAAGGCCUCUAUCCCGUAGCUGAGUUUAUCGCCGACGAUCAGAAUCUUAA